UUGCGCAAGGGAGAGUCUGAAAUGUUCCUAAGCAGCUGCCAUGUCUCCAAAGGAGCCCACCGUUCCCUCGAUGGGAAACGGCUGUUGGCUGCUUCCAGCCAGGACCUAGAUAAGGGCCCCAGGGAGGGAAUGAACCCCUGGGCCAGGGCAUGGAGAACGGGACCGAUGGGAGCUGGCAGCUGCAGGCACACGGGGCACAGCUGGGGAUGGAGAGCAAUGUUCUCGGUGAUUAUUUUGGAUAAUGUGAUUAUCAUCUACAAAUACCCACAGGUCUGCCUGGCGGUGAGGGCCAAGCAGCUGCUUUUGUCGGCUUUGUCAAAAUGUUCCAACUCAGCCAGAUGUGACUCCCGUGACCCAGUACGGAUAGUUGCCUGGCCAAGCAGUGAGUGGGGGUGAGGUGAUCCCAGCCUGCAUGCAGCCUCUUCCGAUGCUCCAGCAUGCUGAUGCUCCCCUUGGGUCCAUAUAACUACCCAAGACUUGUUCCUCCUUCCCUUGCCUCCCUUCCUCACCCUGAUUUCCUUCCUGCUACUCUCCCUGGCCCAUAAGAAUACCAGUCAUCACACACUGGGAUAGUGGUUCAUCCCCAAUUUUUGUGCCAGACAUGGACCACCUGGGACAUGUUACCCCAAAGGUAGUGCCCUGCACUCACUUGGAACAUCCAUGGAGGAGCACUGGGCAGAGCAUUCUGCACCUCACAUGGAAUUAGAUAUGGUGUUACACUGAAGUGUGUGAUGUACCACUGACUUGCAUGGAUCACCCCAGUGUGUGUGUGGGACAUGCCUUAAUGUGGAUCUUCUCCAGUUGAUAUGUGGGAUGUGACUUCACAGGGUUUCUCCCCAGUGGAUACCUGGGAUUGGCUUCAUGUAUUGUAGAUCUUUACCAUUGAAUAUGCAGGAUGUGGCUUUAUGUGGAUUGUCCUAAGUGGAUACAUGGGACAUGGCGUCACAUGGUUUGUUCUUUAUUGAAUACAUGGGGGAUGUGGCUUUAUGUGGAUCCCCAGGGGAUAAGCAGGACAUGGUUUCCUGUGGGUCAUCCCCAGUAAAAACACGAGAUGUGGCUUCAUGUGGAUUAUCCUUAGUGAAUAUGUGGGACGUGGCUUCAAGUGGAUUCUUCUCGUUGAACACAUGGGGAGUUGCUUCAUAUGGAUUGUCCCCAGUGGGUACAUGGGAGGUGGCUUCGCAUGGAGAUCAUUCCCAUUUAAUACAUGGGACGUGGCUUCACAUGGAUCAUCCCCAAUGAAUGUGGCUUGAUGUGCAUCUGCUUCGUAUGCUACGCAGGAACUAGCUAAUAGUUAGGUUGGGUUUGGUUUAGCUAAACAGAGUGUGAAAUGUGCUUACGUCACCUACUCCCGUUCUGUGCAUUUCCAAAAAUACUAUUUGCUGCCAGGCACCAGGAGAACUUGGACUCAUUCAGAGGGGCGGUACAACGGAUUGGGAAAUCCAUGAGAUGUACACUCAAGAAGGCUGCGUCCAGGACAUUUGUGGUUCCUGAGAUUCCAGUGCACAGUGUGUCCCCGUGCGACAGGCGUCAGCUUCCACCGGAGCCCGAAUCCCCUUUACGGCAGGCGGCCUGGGAUUUCCAAGGGCUCUCCUUAUCUGCUAACAGCAAAUCCCAGUGUCAGGAGGAGCAGGACCUCUGCUGAAGCCAUUCCCAGGAAGUCAGGGACUCCACCCCUGGCUUUGCCUGCAGUGGUGCCUGUGGAAAGUCUGAGCUCAUGUAUCCUGUGCUAGUCAGCUACUCAGCAGGCCUGGUCCCUACAAUACAUCGUUAUCUAGCUAGCGUCCCCCAUGCGCCCUGCAGUGCAGUGCUGCCGCACAGAGAGAAAGAGGCUUUCACAGGCAGACGAAAUAGUCCUUUGCCCUUCCUGGCGCCAUCCAUUGAGGAUUUUGAUGCACUUCACAGGCACUCAUGAAUUAAGGCUCACAGCCGCAUCCCUGGGAAAUAUCCAUCCCUGUUUUAUAGACUGAGAAUCCCAGACACGGAGAGGGUCUGGGUGCAGCCUCUGGAGAAAGGGAGAAGAAGUGGGGCUGGAUUUCUGUGCCCAUCUGGAAUGGGUUCUGGGUGUGGCUGCCUGGCCAGAGGAGAGCCAGAGCUGCAUUUCUGCCUCUGCUGGCCUGGAUUCUGGCAACACAGCACCAAACCAAAGAGUUAUUUGGAGUGCGUUUCUGGCCCAGAGGUGGAGAGAUUCCCAAUGACAUUGAUGAGCCCUGAUGGUGACUGUGUCUCCUGGAAGACAGAUCAGGGUCACAUAUCCUGGGACCAGCGGAUGCUCAGCCUUUGGGAGACCUUAGUCCCUCCCCUCUUCCAUUUCGGGAAGCAAUGGCUGAGGUUUGAAACUCCAGGGCUCCUCAGAAUCAAAGGCUAAAAGCCCAGCAGGGCCACUUCAGCUUUUCAAUAUUCCAUGGUAAAAAAAUGCUGAGUUCCAAGAACGUAUUGCAUGUGAGCCUCUCCUGGAACAAUGGCCUCCGGUGCAGGUGUUCAAAAUUCUCAUUAUACAGGGGUACAAUGCACCUUGGUCCCAGAUAGCACUGUGUGCAGUGAGCUGCAUGUCACCCCUCCAGCCCAGGCCACCUCCACCCCAGAGAUGGCCACGUCUCAGAGUCCCAUCAGGGUGAAAGUUGCUAUGGAAACAUAAGAGAUUGACUCAGUGCAAGACAGUGUAGACCCUCCCCAUUUGGAGUAUGAGGAUUUUUUGCUCUCUCCCCACGCCCGCCCUAAAGGAGAAUUUCAGAGAAAAGCAAGAAACCGAGGGAGCAUCUGACCCACAGCCCAGCCUAGGAGCCCAAAGGGAUGUGGAAACACAGAAUCACUGGACUCUGUGCAUGACCCGGCCCUUCCCGCAGGCGACGGAAUGGAAAGGUUACAGAAGCAGCGGAGAAAGAAACUCACAGAGGUCUCUCCCUCCUUUCCAGCAAUCUUUGACCUCCCCUGGGAGUGUCUGUUCCUCCCGCGGGUCCAGCGUCCCAGGAUCACCCUCCAGCAUUGUGGCCAGAAUGGACAAUGAGGUUCUGGGCUACAAGGACCUGGCGGCCAUUCCCAAGGACAAGGCGAUCCUGGACAUCGAGCGCCCUGACUUAAUGAUCUAUGAGCCCCAUUUCACCUACUCCCUCAUGGAGCACGUGGAGCUGCCGAGGAGCCGAGAGCGGUCCCUGUCCCCCAAAUCCAUCUCUCCUCCUCCUUCUCCAGAAGUCAUCCGGGACUGGAUGGAAAAUAAGUCCCUAGGAAGUGCCUCCCAGGCACCUAGUCGCCGGACCAGCAGCACAGCCCGGAGUGGAGUGCACCACUUCCACCGACCUGAGACCAACACCAUGGAGCUGAACAUAUACAAGAAGCCGCCGAUCUAUAAGCAGAGAGAGCCCUCGACGGGAGCCCCACAGAGCAAGCACAUGAUAGAAGACCAGAUAAUUGAGUGCUCCAAGUUCCCUGCAGCCCAGGCCCCGGACCCCAACCAGCCAGCUAAGAUCGAGACGGAUUAUUGGCCCUGCCCUCCCUCCCUGGCUGUCGUAGAGAAGGAGUGGAGGCAGCGGAUGGCCUCCAAGAAAGGCAUGGAAGAAGAGGAGGAUCUCACAGAGGAAAUGACUAACCUGCGUGAACUGCAGAAAGAGGAGCUGAGUAAGGUCACCUCCAACCUCGGGAAGCUGAUCCUGAAGGAGGAGAUGGAGAAAUCUCUCCCCAUCCGGAGGAAAACCCGCUCGCUCCCAGACCGAACGCCCUUCCACACCUCUCUGCACCUGGGGAAUUCCAGAUCCUCCACCCUUCCUGCCUAUGGGAGAAGUACCCUCACCAGGCUACAGUCAGCGGAGUUCAGCCCAACCAGCAGUGAGAAGGGGAGCCCAGGCCUGCAGAAUGGCCAGCGGGGAAGGAUGGACAGAGGGAAUUCCCUGCCCAGCAUGCUGGAGCAGAAGAUUUACCCCUAUGAGGUGCUGAUGGUGACGAACAGGGGUCGUGUGAAACUGCCUCCAGGAGUGGACAGAACAAGGCUAGAGAGGCACCUGUCCCCAGAGGAUUUCCUGCGUGUCUUCGAGAUGUCCCUGGAGGAGUUCAGCAAGCUGGCCCUGUGGAAGCGGAACGAGCUGAAGAAGAAAGCUUUCCUGUUCUGAGCCUAGUGCCCAGCCUGAGCCAACCCUAGCCGUGAUCUCAGUUAGUGUCAAACACAAUCUCGCAUCACAGCUGCUUUAGGGCUACUGAGCCAGUUUUAACACCUGCCUCCCCUCCCCGAAGCCCCUCAGGCACAUUGAUCACUCAUUCCCAGUUUUGCCUCUCCCUGGGAGAUAUCGGAGAGCCCCUCCCUGCCCAAACCUUCCCCCUCACAUGCCCAGGGUGCCAGGCUGCUGGCAACACUGGUGGGCUACUCAGUCUGGGUCUAACCUCUUUUAAUGGAGCCAGGGGAGGGAGAGUUGAAUAAGUGGCAGGAGGAGCAAGCAAACCCUAGUCAGCCAAGGUCCCUGGGCUGGAUGGUGUGUAGGGGCUUCUCGGAGGCAGGGCAUCAGUGUCCCUCUUUGCCUGUUGGGGUCGCGGCUGGUUCAGGCAGGAUGGCUACUGGAGGGGGCUCUGGCAGGGGCCCUGGCUUUGCUCUCCCGGCUCAGCUUGGGGAGUGGACAGGACAGGGACACACCGUAGUGCUCGGUUGCUGGACGCAUGUUGGUUUAGGUGUAAGGGAAGUCAGGGCUGCUUCUACCUUGCUGCUGGGCCCUGACUGGCUCCCUUGCUUCAGGACCCUGCUCCCAGCCUUACUGCUCCUCUCGGGGCCAGCCUCCCUCCCUGUCCACACUGGGCAGAGCACAUGUAUACAUCUGCAUAGCUGUAACCCUGGCGGGGCUGCCGGGUGUCGCCAUGGCUGUGUUUCUGAGUGGCCGGUCAGCAAUGGGGUUGUCAUUUGCCUAGAGUAGGCUCCAAAGAGCCACAAUCUUCAUUAGCAGCCACUCCCCAUGGACCCACCCACAGUUGGGGCCCCGUCUUUGAAAUCAAGCAACCCUCGAUGGAGCUGGGAGGGGGCCCAAGAAUCUCUCGCUGGAGAGAACUGGAGAAUCAGAACCAACCCUUCUGAGAUCAUCUCUGUCUCACUCUCGCUCGCUCCUGGCCUUCCCUUCCUCUCCCCACUCCCACCACCUCUCUCCCUAAAUUCAAUCCCUAGGUGGACGUGAGCAAGCACCUCCCAAGUUCUCAACCCAAUGGCCCAGGCUCUCAAACCGCAGGGUUCCUCAUUAAGGUUACAGCCCCCACUCCCCACCCCUUGCAGCUGCCUUUGGGGGAGGGUUGCUCUCAGCUCGAUCAUUUCAGGCCUUAGUAGUUGAUGAUUUUGCUCCUGCCCCUUUGCAGAGCCUCAGUCGAAGCCCCGUGGCCGCCCUGCCAAGCCCAAGGCCCUUCCCCAGGUUUGACAGAGGAGUUUGCCUGGGCAGUGAGAGACUCGGGGCUCAAGGCUGGAGCCUGGAGGCAGCUCAUCAUGUUCUCUCCAGCCUGGUAUGCAAUCACUGGCAGCCAUCCCACUCUGUCCCCCUCAGGCUUCCCGGCUAGGAUUUCCCCCUCUCCGUGUACCCCAUGGGGCAGCAAUAACCCUCUGCUGUGGAAACCACACCGUCAGUAUACUGCCACAAUCUGCAGGCUGUCCCCUGGUGACACACGAGGUGAUAUCUGACUCUGGCUUCCCCGCCACAGUGCAUAACCAACCAGGGCUCAGACAAGCCAGCUCAUCUCUAUGCCCAAGGAUGGAAUUUCAUCAGGUAGUGACAAUAUUUUAGAGCUUGUGUGGGUGAGGGGAUGCCUGUGUCAAUGCUAGGUGAAGGAGCAGAGAGGAUGCCAACGCAGGGGACUCUGGGCAGCUGCAUCAGUAGCUAGGAAGCCAGGCCCUGUGCAGUGACCAGCAGAGACUGAUGUGGUGCCGAUCCCUUGUGGACCACGGCCUCAUCGCCAGGCCCUGGAGUUUGGAAAUAAUCACCCAAGAUUGCUCUGCAGCCUGCACACAACACCCCCCUCCCCCAAACCUCGCACGCUUCAGAGCCACCUGCAAGGAGCAGUGUGUCCUGGAAAGGGCAGGAAACUUACCAGUAUCCUGCGGGGUUGUUCCAUGCUAUGCUUCUUGUUUGCCAGAGGGUGAGCACAACUUCCAGCCCAGCUGUACUCCCCAUCUCAGAGCCACCUCUGAGAUCUCUCAACCAAGCAAAGAGUAAAAAGCUGAGAGACUCCCCCUUCCAGACAGUGCAUUGAUCAAAGGGGAUCCAAUAAGCCUAUGUUUGGGUCAGCUGGCCUGUCUCGGGCAGAGCCUUACCCAGCAGGCCAGGAGCAUUACAGAGGGGUGAGCCACGCUUUUCUCUGAAACGUCAGGUGUUGGCAGGAUAUUGGCCUAGCAGCCCGCUCCUGCACAUUGAAGUCUGUGGGAGCUCCCUGUGUAGGGCACAUGCAGGACAGUCCAGUGGUCUGAUCACCCAUCCCAUCUGGGCUACAGCACCUUACAUGCCUCCAGGAGAAACCCAAGGAGCUAACAAUUUCCUUUGCUUUGGGGUCUUUUUAAAAGUCAAAAUAACCAGCGGUCAAAUAGGGGAACUGGCCCCUCAGAGCCAAACGAUUUCCUGGGCUGCUGCUCCUUUCAGUCCCCCUGCUGGGUCCUUUUUCUACUGUGCACCACAUCUGCUCCCCAGCGCUGGCCUGAGACCCACUCUCUCAUGCUUUCCCUUUCCAUUUCCAACCACUGCCCCACCACUACACUCUGUCGGGAUGUAAAGAAUGUAAUUUAUUGGGAAACCCCUGGCCCAUACUUGCCUUUCACUGCUACUUAUACAACAUAUCUAUAAAUAUAUAUAUAUAAAUAUGGAUUUUUUUCUGAUUUGAAUACAGUGAUUCCCCUUUCUCUGUUUAUUUUUUGCUGGUGUCGGAGAUUCCAUGUGAGAGUGAUUUUUUGCUUAUAAUUAAAGGUGAAAUGGCUUUAUUCAA